UUCAAUAUUCUCAUCCCUGAAGAUCUUCUCUGUUACUUCUCACGCUACUAUGAUGCUCUCCUCAGAGGUAACUUCUCGGAAGCUGGACAAGACAAUGUCACACUUGAGCUGGAUGCCAUGCAAGCCAAGUGGUUUGUCACCUGGCUGUACUCUGGACGAUUCCCUGAGGACCUUGACUACCUGACCCUCUUUCAACUUUACAUCUUCGCGGACAAGGCCGACAUUCCAGCCAUGCGCAAGGACAUCAUG